AUGUCAGACACGCCGGAAGAAAAGAAGGUGCUUCAUACUGCCAGCAAUGACGACGAUGUGCUCGCGCAGCUGGGAUACACCCAAGAGUUGAAACGUAGUUUUGGACUCUUGGGUAUGGUCGGCUUCUCCUUCAGUAUCGUCACUUCGUGGACUGCGCUGUCAGGUGUUCUCAUCAUCGGCGUUGAGUCUGGAGGGCCGCCAGUCAUGGUAUGGGGCUGGGUCUGUGUUUGCUUGGUUACGCUCGCAGUGGCAUACUCCAUGGCUGAGAUGUGUAGCGCAUACCCUGUCGCUGGCGGUCAGUACAGCUGGGUGGCCGUCCUGGCUCCAACACGCUGGGCUAGGUCCAUGAGCUACCUCUGUGGAUGGUUCAUGCUGAUUGGCAUAAUAUGCAUGGGUGCCGUCAACAACUUUGUCGCUACAAACUUCGUCCUCGGUAUCGCUCAGCUCAACUAUGGCUUCACCAUUGAACGAUGGCAUACGGUCCUCGUUGCAUAUCUCAUCACUUGGCUCGCAGCUGGCUCCAACAUCGACCUCCCGCACAUGCUCAACAAAUUGUCAAAGGCAAUCUUCAUCUGGAACCUCACGUCGUUUGUUGUGUGCUUUGUCACCAUCCUGGCUACAAAUGACCACAAACACUCUGCGAGCUAUGUGUUUAGCGACUUCCAAAACUUUACAGGAUGGAAUGCGCCAUACGCUACAUGUCUCGGACUGCUUCAGUCUGCCUUUGGCAUGUGCUGCUACGACGCGCCGUCGCACAUGACGGAAGAAAUCAAGGAUGCGCGGAAGCAGGCACCUCGGGCAAUUGUCAUGUCGGUGUACAUUGGCUGCUUUACCGGAUUCGCCUGGCUGGUUGCGCUGUGUUUCUGCAUUGGCGAUCUCGAGGCCACGGGCAAUACGCCGACCGGAGUGCCGGUGAUUGAAAUCAUGUUCAACUCUACCAACAGCAUUGCGGGAACUUCGACCAUGGCCUCUAUGAUUUCCAUCAUUGCCAUUGUCUGCGCCAACUCGCUCAUGGCAGAGGGGUCUAGGGCCGUGUAUGCGUUUGCACGCGACAAUGGACUGCCAUUCUCCGAGGUGCUGAGCAAGGUGUCGAGCAGAUCUGUGCCUGUAUACGCAGUCUUGCUCACUGCCAUUGUGCAAAUGGCGUUCAAUUCGAUAUAUUUUGGCACCACAACUGGCUUCAAUACCAUUAUUGCCAUUGCCACGCAGGGAUUCUAUCUAUCCUAUCUCAUGCCUCUUCUUUCGCGCAUCCUCGCCCACUUUACGGGCAAAAAGACGCGACUGGAAGGGCCUUACUCGCUCGGGCGAUGGGGCAUUGUGCUCAACGUGAUUGGCUUCCUGUACCUUGGCUUCGUAUGCGUCAUAUCCAAUUUCCCCAGCGUCACGCCUGUGACGAGCGAAAACAUGAACUACACUUCUGCGGCUACGGGAGUAGUGAUGGUGAUCAGCCUGGUGUUCUGGAUCAUGACUGGGCGGAACAAGUUCACUGGGCCCGACGAUGGCAAUUUGCUGGAUGCGGGGCGACAUGAUGCGUAG